AUGGGUGACAUAUCUCCCGGUUCCGUGGUCCUACUGCCGGACGGCAAGAGAGCUACUGUUCGGUACGUUGGUAACACCAGAUUCGCCGCAGGGGACUGGAUUGGCCUCGAACUAGAAGAGCCGGCGGGGAAGAACGAUGGAUCGGUCAGGGGAGAACGGUAUUUUGAUUGCGAACAAGACUAUGGAGUGUUCGUCCGUUCUUCUGUUACUUUGACUCUCGUUGAGCGUCCAGCCAAGCCCGCUCCUAAGGGGAACACCGGUAAUGCACCGCCGACGAGCAGGGCAAGGGCGCAAACUGGAGCGGGAAUCAAGAAGCCAGGCGUAAGUGCUUUGCCCUCUGCAAAUGCGAAGAGACACAGCGUUAGCACGGCCAAUCCCUCGUCUGCUGCGAAAGCCGCUGCCCAACGGCCAGGCUUGAGGUCUCCACUGAAAUCGCCCACGAAGCAGCCGUCCUCUCGUAACCUGUCAAUCGACGAGACCUCACGCCCACCGGCCACUAGAUCCCGGCCAUCAAGUACUACCAAGGCCUCCAUGGGUCCUCCGCCGGCUCCCUCCGCUGCCUCACGUACACCGCGACCAUCGAUAUCGGGUCCAACGCACAGGACGAGACAAAGCCUGGGUUCGACAGGUGCGGCGCUUUCCAAGCGCCCCUCCCUGCGCCACCUUGCCUCCAAUAAUUCCUCAGCUGCGGAAACGGAAAGUGGACAAUCGGACGUCGUGAUCGAUUCUGCUGGAGCUGAUGGAGAUGAUCCGGAUGAUGGGAAUUCCGCACCAAGAGCGCCUCCGGGCUCGUCGCGGAUGUCAAUUGCUACUGCUCGGCCACGGUUAUCACAAUCAUCGACACCGAAGCCGCCACAAAACAGCACGGUUACGAGAGAACUGGAUGAAUUGAGAACAAAGUUGAAAGUAAUGGAGAAGAAGCGAGGCGACGAUCGAGAGAAGCUCAAGAUGCUCGAACAAUUACAAUCAGAGCGCGACAAGUUCGAGGGAAUUAUCCAGAAAUUACAGGCCAAAUACCAACCGCAACAGGUUGAGCUAGGUGAAUUGCGAAAGCAACUGAAAGAGUCGCAAGCGAGACUGGAAGAGAUUGAGCAGAUUCAGGGAGAGCAUGAUAGUGUCGUUGAGAUGGCUACCCUCGACCGCGAAAUGGCAGAAGAAACGGCUGAUGCCUACAAACAUGAAUGCGAUGUGCUGAGAGGCAAACUCGAAGAGCUUCAAUUGGAGGUUGAUGUCCUAAGAGACGAAAACGAAGAAUUCGACCAGGGCAUGAGCCCCGAGGAAAAGUCUACUCAAGGCUGGCUGCAAAUGGUAAAGACCAAUGAGCGUCUCCGUGAAGCCUUGAUACGCCUGCGUGAUGUGACUCAGCAACAGGAGAUGGACCUGAAGGACCACAUUAGAGAAAUGGAGGAGGAUUUAGAAGACUAUGCCGCGAUCAAGUCUCAAUAUGAAACUACAAAGGAGAAGUUGUUGGCUUCUGAGAACAAUUUCGAGGACCUCAAACAACAAUUGGAGACCGCUCUCGGUGCCGAAGAGAUGAUCGAAGAGCUUGCAGACAAGAACAUGCGCUACCAGGAGGAAAUAAAUGAACUACACGCGGCUAUUGAAGAUCUCGAAGCUUUGAAGGAGAUCAACGAUGAGCUCGAGUACAACCAUGUUGAAACGGAAAAGCAGCUGCAGGAAGAGAUUGACUUCAAGGAUGGUUUGUUCAAUGAACAAUAUCGCAAGAUCACACAGCAAGAUGAAGUGAUCGAGGAUUUGGAAUACACUCUGGUCAGAUUCCGAGAGCUGGUUUCGACCCUACAAGGGGACCUCGAAGAUAUGCGAGCCUCUCAGCAGAUCACGGAGGCUGAAGCUACCGACCUUACAUCUCGAUCUCGCGCCAUGAUUGAUCUCAACAUGAAGCUCCAGGCAUCAGCAUCCAAGGCCCAGACGAAAACGAUUGACGUCGAAACUGGUCGAAUGGAAGCUGAGGAAGCUGCACUACAUCUGUCCAUUGUGAAGUUAUAUCUUCCUGAAUACUACGAUGGGGAGCGAAAUUCUGUCAUGGCGCUUCUACGCUUCAAGCGUGUUAGCUUCAAGGCAUCGUUGGUAAACAGCACCAUUCGCGAAAGGAAUGCCGACCAGUCGUCAACAUCUCCGUCUCAUGAAGACUUCUUCACAGCCCACGAUGUGCUAGAAAAGCUCCUUUGGAUAUCUUCUCUCUGUGACCGCUUCACAAGUUACAUCGAGAGCUCUUCCGCCGAGAGUUUCAGUGGUAUCAAGAGGGCGUUGUUUGAGAUGGAGCCAGUGGAACGCACGUUGAACUUUUGGCUUGAGAGUCUGAAAAAGAAUGAGAUCAAUAUGAGCAAAUGUGCGGUGGAACUACAGAGAUCCAUUGCUCUUUUGGCGCAUCUCGCAGAAACCAUGCUCCCAACGUCGCUGGAAGCGUCUGCUGGUGAACUUUCCAUGCGUGCCCAUUUGACUCAAUCAUACCUCGACCACUCUGCGUCAUGUCUCUCGCGGCUCCGAUCUGUGCUGCAGUCUAAGAUUUCCGUUCCGGAGGGAGGCAACGAGGAGAUCUCUCUACUUUUUAAUAAGAUGGAGGGGCUUUCAUCUCAGGCCCGUGGAUCUAAGGUAGCCAUGGGGAAGAUUUACCGUGCGGUUUCUGACUUGCAAGCAAGAUCGCUUGCUCUUCCUAGUGAUGCAGCGGAGCCCUUCAAGAAGGUCGAGGAUUCUGGCAAAGACCUCUCGUUGCUAUCCCGACAACUAGGAGAGAACAUCCUGGCACUUAUCCACGACGAAGCGCGCACGGAGCCACUCAGCCUGAUAGAAACCCUAGACAGCCUGUCUCAAACUUCGUUAUCCUUCGACCAAACCUCAGAACCGAAGAGCGGGAACAAUGAUGCCAUGUCCUUGAUUGGCACCAAGCUGCGUGGCAUUACUGAAUCCCUGGAGGAGCUCGACUCAAUUUCAUCCAACCUAUCCCUCACAACUGAGUUUGAAAAGCGUCCCGCACCAUGGAUCGCAAGAUCCGAAGAGCUAAAAUCCAACAAAGCCAUCUCCCCAGACGCAGACGAUAAAAUCAGCCAACUGAAGAGCGAAAUCCAAGAAGCCUCAACAGCCCUAGGCGUCAAAGACAAAACCAUCGAAGAACAAGCCAUCAAAGUCGAACUCGUCGAGUCCCGAAUGCGCGAAGCAAGCAAAAAAGCCUCAAUGGUCAAAGAACUCGAAGCCAAGAUCGAAGCACUCCAAGCCCAACACACAGACCUCACCGACACAGUCGAGAAACAGCGCAAAGACCUCGAAGCCACAGAAGCAGAGCGCGAAGAGCUCAAAUCCCGCCUCGAAAGAGUCAAACACGCCUCCGGAACAACGGGCGUCACAACAACAGCCGAUGGCGUCGUCGUCGACGGCAGCGGCGCCUCCCUGGCCACAAUACACGAGAAUGAAGCCCUCCGUGCCGAAGUUAAGAGCCUCCAAGCAGCAGUCCGCUUUUUGCGCGAAGAAAACCGCCGCGCAAACAUGCUCGAUCCCUUCUCCAUCCAGCGCGCCGCCGACAUGCACUCCUGGCUUGACGUCCCGCUCACCCAAUCCGCAAACAACAGCACCAACGGCCAGCGCGAAAAGACCCAGCAAACCGCAGCAGAAAGCAGAGAUGCCUUCGUGCACCUCCUCAAACUCGCCAAGGACUCGCAUGUCAGCGAUCUCAAGUCAUCCAUGGCCUACCACGCUGAAGGCGAGAGUCGUACGGCAUGGCGCCCCUCCAAGACUAAACUGCGCUACCAAGUCCUGCAACAACGCGAAAACUACGAGCGCUGGGCCGAAUGGCGCGACGAUAUCGUCUCCCACGAGAAAGAACAGGACAGACUUGCUCUCGCAAAAAAGGAGCGUCUGCUUCGCGAACAGGCUAGAAAACACCAUAUGUCGAGGAAAGAUUCUAUGGCUGCCGGGGAGUUUGGGAUGAUGGGACAGGCGUGGAGAAUACUGGGGAUGCAGCAUCAGCAUCAGCAGCAAGGGCAGAGGGAUGAGAAGAAAUCGCCGAUUAGUCGAUUGGUUGAGCCGGCUAUUGCGCCGUUUUCUUAG